AUUCAUUUACGCUAUAGCGACUUGUUUUGUAUCCUCACACAGAUGUUCUCUGUUUCUAUGAAAACUUUCGACCAAUCAAAUUGCAAGAAUUUUCAAAAUGUCAGCGCCCAUAAAUAAUUCUAAAAAAUAAAAUCCAACUAAAUUUAUAGAAAUAUGGACAUAGAGAGCCGUAAAGUAGCAAAAUCAUAUACCCAAUGGGCUUAUAAACAUUCCCUCCAAGCGUAAAAGGCAGCCAUUACUCGGGGUGAACCAUGACACAGUCAGUAGUGGUUCAAGUUGGACAAUGUGGAAAUCAAAUUGGUUGUCGAUUUUGGGAUCUGGCUCUGAGAGAACAUGCACAUACAAACAAAAAUGGAUAUUACGAUGAAUCACUUAGUAGUUUCUUCCGAAAUGUUGACAGUAGUCGGGAGAAUGCGUCUGACAUCCCUCUUGGUGAUGCAAAAAGUAAAAUAUGUGCUUUGAAAGCCAGGGCUGUUCUAGUGGAUAUGGAAGAAGGUGUUGUUAGUGGAAUUAUGAAAGGACCGCUACGAGAUGUGUUUGAUUAUAAUCAGUUGAUAUCAGAUGUUUCUGGUAGUGGAAAUAACUGGGCUGUAGGUCACAAGAUGUAUGGUCCACAAUAUAGAGAAGCGAUAUUAGAAUCUGUACGCCGCGCAGCAGAAGCUUGUGAUUGCCUCCAGUGCUUCUUCAUAUUGCAUUCCAUGGGAGGUGGGACUGGGUCAGGUGUUGGAACAUACAUACUGGAUCUCUUAGAGGAGGAAUAUCCUGAGAUAUAUCGAUUUGUCACUGCAAUCUAUCCGUCAGCUGAUGAUGAUGUCAUUACUUCUCCGUACAAUAGUGUCCUUGCGAUGCAUCAGUUGACUGAAAAUGCAGAUUGUGUCUUGCCAAUAGAAAACCAGGCACUGAUAGACAUUGUCAACAAAGUGAAAACAUCAACUGGUAAACCAAGUAUCACAUCUAGCAAGGGUGCAAUUGUCCAAGGAAAAAACGAACAACCAUUUGAUGCAAUGAACAAUAUUGCUGCAAAUCUCUUACUAAAUAUGACCAGCUCUGCAAGGUUUGAAGGAUCACUAAAUGUAGACUUGAAUGAAAUUUCAAUGAAUUUAGUUCCAUUUCCCAAGCUUCAUUAUUUAGUGUCCAGUCAGACUCCACUGUACACCCUCGCAGACACAAACUUACCCCCAAGGCGUCUCGAUCAAAUGUUCUCGGAGGCCUUCUCCAAAGACCAUCAACUUAUAAAGGCUGAUCCUAAGCAUAGUUUGUAUCUUGCAUGUGCAUUGAUUGUACGUGGCAAUGUUCAAGUAUCUGACAUUAGACGCAACAUCGACAGAUUAAAACCCUCUCUUAAAUUCAUCGGCUGGAACAAUGAAGGUUGGAAAACUGGACUAUGUAAUGUACCACCAGUUGGUCAACCAUACUCGCUUCUAACCCUGGCCAAUAAUACUUGCAUCGUCAACACAUUCUCUAAUCUGAAGGACCGAUUUACUAAACUGUACAAGCGGAAGGCCCAUAUGCAUCAUUAUACACACAUUGAUGGGAUGGAGAUGUCUGACUUUGAUUGUGCAUCUGAAUCACUGCUUGGACUGAUUGGAGAGUAUUCAAGGUUAGAUAAACAGGGUACUGCAGCACCAGAUGCUCCAAGAUUGACUGUAUUAUGAAGUGUCUCACAAUACAUGUCUCUUUGUUUGGGUUAGACACAGGCCAAUCAUGCACAUGUAAUUUGCAUAUAUGAACACCAAUAGAUCUAUAUUAGCAAAUGAAUGGCAAGGAGUAUAGAAGUAAUGAUAUGGCAAUGAUUUGAGCUCAGAUUGCAACAAAAGUUAUGAUAGGCUAUUUCUGAAUUGAAUCAUCAAGCAUAGGCAUAGCCAAGGGGGGAGGUGCGAUGGGUGCGAUAAUUAUAACCAAUAAAAAUAGAACAAUUAGACAGAAGAAGAAGAAAGGAGGUUUAAGAUGCUUUUUAUUUGAAGUUUCUAGCUCAAUUUUGAAGGAAGUUUAUGCCUUGCUUAUGCCAUGAUCGCACCCGCCCCUGACUGAAAACCCAAAAAUUGGCAAUUACACACCCCCCCUGACCCUGACUGGAAUCUGACUAUGCCAUGCCCCUGUCAAGCAUAUGCUGUUAAAUUGUAUACUGUUGUGUGAAUAAAUUUUUAAUGCUUACAGUACAUUCUGCUUAGUCUGAUAGAUAUUUUGAUUUUACUACAGUAUUUAUCCAAUUCUUUGAAUGCAUCAUGUUUUACAAUUUUAUAUUUGUGAAUUCACAAUGAGUAAAGAAUUAAUAAGAAAAUUUGAAAUCCAUUUUUAAAUAAAAUGGGUUUGAGCUUAUUCAGUUGUGCUGUUAAACAUACAUGUUUUCAAUUAUUGCAGAUUUUCCUGCAUAACAAGUACUGUACUUCUACUUAAUUUGAUGGCUGCUUUAAUUUGGCGGAUCUGCCAAAUUGUUAAAAUCAGCCAAAUAAGUAGCGGCC